GACCAAACAUAUACCGAUGGCAGACCGCAUGACCCCCAAAUUUUCCGUGGUAAGGACAUGAUUUAAAGACAUCCGGGGGUCCUCGAUUUGGCGGAGGGGGCUUUCUCUUUCCUCGAUACCUGCUCCAACCUCGAACCCGCAGACUCACCGACUUCGGCAGCACCAAGAGCAGGCAACCCGGAGACCAGAAACCGCCCUCCCAACCAUGAGCCCCUCAGCAACUGAUGCCUCCGCGGCGGUGGUUGACGUCAAGUCAUCGUUGAAGCCCAACAUUGGUGUCUACACCAACCCCAACCAUGACCUGUGGGUGACCGCGGCCGAGCCCAGCGCCGAGAGCGUCAAAGCCGGCACCGACCUGAAGAGCGGCGAGGUCUCUGUCGCUAUUCGAAGCACCGGAAUUUGCGGCUCUGAUGUGCACUUCUGGCACGCCGGUUGCAUUGGCCCGAUGAUUGUUGAGGGCGAUCAUAUCCUAGGCCAUGAAUCGGCUGGCGAGAUCAUCGCCGUGCACCCUUCGGUGACCAACUUCAAGGUCGGCGAUAGGGUUGCUGUCGAACCCAACAUCCCCUGCGGCACUUGCGAGCCCUGCCUUACUGGCCGAUACAACGGUUGCGAAACCGUCGAGUUCCUGUCCACACCCCCGGUCCCUGGCAUGUUGCGACGAUACAUCAACCACCCGGCCGUUUGGUGUCACAAGAUUGGGGAUAUGUCCUAUGAGGACGGCGCGAUGUUGGAGCCUCUAAGCGUGGCCCUUGCCGGCAUGCAAAGGGCCAACAUUUCCCUUGGAGACCCCGUGUUGAUCUGUGGUGCGGGCCCGAUCGGAUUGAUCACCUUGCUCUGCUGCGCCGCCGCUGGCGCUGCCCCCAUUGUCAUCACCGACAUCUCAGAGAGUAGACUGGCAUUCGCCAAGGAGCUUUGCCCGCGAGUCAUCACCCACAAGGUCGAGAGAAUGUCGGCCGAGGACAGCGCGAAGGCCAUCGUGAAGUCGUUCGGGGGCGUCGAGCCCUCCAUCGUCAUGGAGUGCACUGGUGUCGAGAGCAGUAUCUCGGCCGCCAUCUGGGCGGUCAAGUUUGGCGGGAAGGUGUUUGUCAUUGGUGUGGGCAAGAACGAGAUUAACAUCCCAUUCAUGCGUGCCAGUGUCCGUGAGGUUGAUAUCCAGCUACAGUACCGGUACUGCAACACUUGGCCCAGAGCGAUUCGACUGGUGGAGAGUGGUGUCAUUAACCUAUCUAAAUUGGUCACUCACCGUUUCCAAUUGGAGGAUGCUCUUAAGGCCUUUGAGACGUCGGCAGACCCCAAGAGCGGAGCGAUCAAGGUCAUGAUUCAGAGCCUGGAGUAGAGUGCGGUGUGGCAAUGCAAAUGGAUGGUAUUUGGGCGUAACUUGGCGAUUGAGGCACGGUCUGGGAGUAUACUGAUGAGGCUGCUAGGCCAAGUAGAUACAAGCCUUUCUGUCGGGGAAUAUAGAAACACGACGAGCAUGAAUGAAGCAGCCCGCGAUAUGGUAACGACAGAAGGCGCCGGGGUCUAGCUUGAGAACAACCUAAGGGAAGCAAAUCUAGAGCUAACGAUCCGGGUACCUUGAGGAAUCCACACCUCAAGCACGUAGUAGGCAGGUACGGAG